AUGGAGGCCAAAGAGAAAGACAUCUAUAACAUGAUUUUGCAAACACUAAGAACCGAGAUGCACCAUCUCGGGUUUGACCUCAAGGUCAAAUAUAAAGUGCAGCCUCACAAAAAGCUGGGUAAACUCUUCAAAAUUGUCUGUUGUAUCCACAAGGCUGACCUCUAUGAACAAUAUGACUUUGAUUGGCCAUUGGCUGAGAUAGUCAAACAGUACCUGCAGAAUUCUUGGAAGCCUCAAACCUGUAAACACAAGGCUGAGGCCAAAAUCAACAAUGAGAGAAUGCAUACAUGCACCCAUAUUGAUGAGCUUGAAGACAGCAAAACAGCAGGGGUGAAUGAAGGGUUGAAUAACAGCAGCAGCAAGGGUGAAGGCAAAGGCAAAGGCAAGGACAAAGGCAAAGGCAAAGGCAAGGAGAGCAUGGGAAUGGAUAGGGACUAA